GUUAAUAUGCGCAUGCGCCCGGGUCGUGCCGAGGUUGAUACAAUGGAGUUUGAUGUGCAUAGACACGAAUGGCGUGGACUUUGAAGUCCUUUCGGCUUUGAAAUCGGCAAAUUACACCUUAUGAACUAACCACUGAGGCACAAACCGGCAGUGGCGAUGAUACCGUCCACAGACGCCUUGAACUGAAAGUGAAAGAAGUGCUGAGUAAGCGUAGAGUUUACCUACUGAACUGUAUCAGUGCGGCAGUCUGCUCUGUUUUUUUUAAUAUAGCUGUGGUGGUGGCGGCUCCUCUGGCUGUCCUCUGCAGUUUUCCAUGUCUUUGUCCGAGAGAGUGGAGAAGUAGCAACCGUCCGGUAGCUUCCAAAGAAAAUGUCAGAGGUCAGCAAAGCAAAACGCAAGGAGAAGUGUGAGAACUGCACCAAACAGUGCAACAAGAGACAGGGCGAAGAAGGUGCCAACUCUAUCCUAGAGAGAGAGGAAGUCAAUGGACAGUCAAAUGAAGGAUCCCAGUUGUUGCUGAGUGCAUGCCUCUCCUGUGAUGGCUGUCUUUCUGAGGAGGAGAGCCUGAAGCUCUCUCAGCAGAACCUGGAGGAACUGGAGCGGGUUCUGGCGCUCAAUAAGAAGUGUGACGUGUCGAAGCACAGGGUGCUGGUGGCCUCGGUGUGUCCGCAGUCUCUGCCUUUCUUUGCCGCCAAGUUUGGUCUAGAUGUCACUGAAGCAGCCCACAAGCUCUGCGGAUUCCUCAAGAGCCUGGGAGUCCAGUUUGUGUUUGACACCACGCUAGCAGCAAGCUUCAGCAUCUUAGAGAGCCAGAAGGAGUUUAUUCAGAGGUAUCGCAGGAGGCACCAUGACUCUCACGCUUUGCCUAUGUUCACCUCCUCCUGCCCAGGUUGGAUUCGAUACUCAGAACGUGUUCUGGGCAGUCUGGUCACUCCUCAUAUUUGCACAGCCAGAUCCCCUCAGCUGAUCAUGGGCUGCCUGGUCAAAGACUAUUUCUCCAAACAGCAGAAGCAGAGUCCGGAGAAAGUCUACCACAUGGUUGUAGCUCCCUGCUUUGAUAAGAAACUGGAGGCUGUCAAGGAGGAGUUUUACAACAGUCUGAUAGAGACCAGGGACGUCGACUGUGUCCUCACAUCAAAGGAGAUCUAUUACCUGAUGGAGCGGAGGAAGGUGUCCGUGGAGGAGCUGGACUCAGUUCCACUGGACCAAGUGCUGGGAGAAGCUGGAGACGUGGUGCUGGUGAGGCACGAUGGCCGGGGCUCCGAAGGCUUCCUGGAACAUGUGUUCAAACAUGCUGCUAAAGAGCUCUUUGGUCUGGAUGUCCAGGAGAUCACAUAUAAAACCCUCAGGAAUCGGGAUUUCCAGGAAGUGACCUUGGAGCGAGACGGGGAAGUGCUGCUGCAGUUUGCUGCCAUCUAUGGUUUCAGGAACAUCCAGACCCUGGUGCAUCGGAUGAGAAAAGGCCGUGUUCCCUACCAGCUGGUGGAGGUUCUGUCCUGCCCUGGAGGGUGCUUGAGUGGCCGAGGUCAGGCGGAGAGUGAGGCUGGAGGUCAGGUAGAUAAAGCUCUGGUCCAGCAGAUGGAGGAGAUCUACAGCAGCCUGCCAGUUCGACUACCAGAGCUUAACCCCGUCCUGAAAACUCUGUAUGAAGACUGGCUGCAGGGUCAGGACUCACCACAGGCCAUCAAGCUGCUGCACACAGAGUACAAAGAUCGGAGUCAGAGCCACACACAGCCCCCACACAUGCAGUGGUGAGAAGAAAUGGCUGCUUUCCUUUAAAGACGUGAACAGCUGCUUGGUGCUGGUCCUGCUUUUACCAACUCAUCUGUCAUUCUGGGCCAGUUAAGGACAAACUGUGGACCACACAGACAUUCUCCAUGAAGCCACAGGAGGGCGCUGUUUGUCUUUUAAUAAUGGCUGCUCCUCAUGUUUUACCCUGAGUCUGAGGCACAAGGGUCCAGAGCCCACAAAACAGCCACGCUUGUAUUUUUACCAACUGAAGCAGUUUUGUAAAUCAGUUGUGUAACGAAUUAUUAAUAAAUGAGAUUAAGCCAGCAGCUCUGGGACGUAACAGCAUGUGUUGCAAUCAUGGACAGUACAGAGCAAUAAGCCACUGAGAUAACAUGCAAGAAGCUAUUUUAUCACACCUGGAAUUCACAAAGUUGUGGAUACAGAGGGCACAUGUUAGCAGAUGAGUGUAAAUCUAUCAGUCCACUAUGAGACAAGCUGUUUUCCUUUGUUAAAGUUACCGUCUGUUCUUCCUGAAUGACCUGAUAAUGUCCCGUCAGUCUAACACCUGGAGCCGCGUGCUUGGGUUGUAUCAUCUUUUUCUUCCAAUGCUAUAAACUAGUAUUUUUUAAUAAGUUAUUUGUUGUUCAUUUGAAAGAUCAAGCAUUGUGUUACGUAUGUGCAGCACUAAAGUAUUCUGACAAAUAAGUUUUAGUGCAUUUUUGUUCAUUAUAAACUGUUGAUGCUUAAUAUGAAGACAACAAAGGUUAUGCAUUUGGCAAAAAAUAAAUAGCAUUAAGAUAUUUAGUCUUUUUAUGCUAGUUUGGUUUUUAAAAAGAAAAGGUCCAUAAAAACGACAGACUUGAUAAAAGGCUAAUAGGACAGAUUUGUUUUUUUUUUAACUGUUAACGGUUACAGGAUUACAGUCUGUGGUUUUUUGUUUGUUUUGCUUUUUUUUGUUUUGUUUUGUUUUGGUUUUUUUUUUACUGAAAAUUGAAUUUCUUGAGCUAAUGUUUAUCAAAAUUGUGCCAAAAUGCACCAAGACGUGCUGACUUGGGAGUUGCAGUCAGUUACAGUCAGAGUACGUUAUUAAUCCUCAAAGUGAAGUUAUUUGUAACAAAACUCUAAUGGAGAAAUAAGUAACAUGUAUAAAGAGUAACACUAAAGCAUUAUGAACUUGUCACAGAAAGUUAAGGAAACUUGUAUUUGGCUGAUUAUUUUUCUUUAUUAAUACCGACUGGUGUAUCAUACCUCAUUGGAAAUCCUGAUAAACCACCUUGUUUCUGUGGAAUGAGCAACAAAGCUAAACGUGGGAUGGUCAAAUCCCCUGGAGAAUCUGUUGGUCUUCAUUGUUUUGUUUGGUGGAACGGAUGAUUGCACUCUCCCAAAGUAAUAAAGAAAAAAACGACACAUACUGGCCAAUUUUCACCUGCAGAAACUGGUUUUAAAGGUUUCUUUAAUGGACGGGAAGCUGUUCUCAGUGAUCUUCCCACAUCUUUAACCAUCUGCUGCAGUGUCGUCUCACCAAACCACACCGCCCACCACUCAUCUGUAGAGGUAGGCUAGGGCUGGGAGGCAGAGACCA